AUGCUGGGUUUCGACGGUGCUCUAGAUACGCCACGAUCAGCCAGCUUUGGUCAGGGUUCUGGUGAUGUUCUGCGUGUCGAUUGCUCGGGAACAGACUGUUCAAACGUUGGGACCAGCACUCCCUGUGGACAUCAUAUGGACGCAGGUGCCGUAUGUUAUUUAGGAGACCAUCCUAACCCAUUGCAAGUUCGGCUUGUUAAUGGAUCUAACGAUGCUGAAGGCAGAGUAGAAGUACUGUACGGAGGCUCCUGGGGAACUAUCUGUCAUUACUGGUGGGAUCUGAGAGACGCGAGGGUAGUUUGUAGAAUGCUGGGGUUUGAUGGUGCCUUGGACGCACCGGGAUCUGCUAGGUUUGGUCAAGGAUCUGGUCCUAUUCUUCUAGAUAGGGUCAACUGUGAUGGAACAGAAGACAACCUUGCAGGAUGCGGUUAUUCAGGGAAUGCACGUUACUCAUGCAGUCAUACAAGUGAUGCAGGUGUCAUGUGUUACUCAGGAGUCCAUCCAAACCCAUUGCAAGUUCGGCUUGUUAAUGGAUCUAACGAUGCUGAAGGCAGAGUUGAGGUCAUCAUUGAAGGAUCCUGGGGAACUAUCUGUGAUGACUGGUGGGAUCUGAGAGACGCAAAUGUGGUUUGUAGAAUGCUGGGGUUCGAUAAAGCCUUGGACGCACCAGGAUUUGCUAGGUUUGGUCAGGGAUCUGGUCAUAUUAUUUUUGAUAGGGUCAGCUGUGAUGGAACAGAAGACAACCUUGCAGGAUGCGGUUAUUCAGGGAAUGCACGUUACUCAUGCAGUCAUACAAGUGCUGCUGCAGGUGCCAUUUGUUACUCAGGAAUCCAUCCAAAUCCUUUACAAGUUCGUCUUGUCGGUGGGUCUAACGAUGCUGAAGGCAGAGUAGAGGUACUGCAUCACGAUGGAUCCUGGGGAGCUAUCUGUGAUGACAGCUGGGAUCUAAGAGACGCGAGGGUAGUUUGUAGAAUGUUGGGGUUUGAUGGUGCCUUGGACGCACCGGGAUCUGCUAGGUUUGGUGAAGGUUCAGGGGAUAUUCUUCUAGAUGAUGUCGGGUGUGAGGGAACAGAAGAUAACGUAGCGGGAUGCAUUCAACGAAGGGUUGAAGUACAAUACUGUGGACAUGAUGAAGAUGCGGGCGCUAUUUGUUACAAUGGAGCACAUCCGAAUCCUUUCAGAAUAAGGCUCGUCGGAGGAUCCAGCAGUGCUGAAGGCAGAGUAGAGGUACUGUACGAUGGAUCCUGGGGAACCAUCUGUGAUAAUGGCUGGGAUCUGAGAGACGCGAGGGUGGUGUGCAGAAUGCUUGGGUUCGAUGGAGCCUUGGACGCACCGACUUCUGCAAGGUUCGGUCAGGGAUCUGAGGAUAUACUUCUGGAUUUUGUCGGCUGUGAUGGAACGGAAGAAAAUCUAGCGGACUGUGCAUAUCUUUUGAUAGGCGUCCAUUACUACGGACAUGGACAGGCUGUUGGUGCUAUCUGUUACUCGGGAGCCCAUCCAAGUUCUGUUGGAGUACGGCUCGUGGGUGGGUCCAACAGUUCUGAAGGCAGAGUGGAGAUCAGGUACAAAGGAGCGUGGGGAACUGUUUGCGACAAUGGCUGGGAUCUGCAAGAUGCAAAAGUCGUAUGCAGAAUGUUAGGAUUCGGCGACGCCUCAACUGCACCAGUUUCAGCCUGGUUUGGUGAGGGCUCCGAUGAAAUUCUCCUGUCUCAUGUCGGGUGCGAUGGAAUGGAAGACAAUCUUGCGGACUGCGCACAUCUAGGGUUUGGAGUGCACAACUGCCAACAUAACAACGACGCUGGGGUUACGUGCAUCUUAGGAGUUCGACUUGUCGGUGGAGCCUAUGAAUAUGAAGGAAGAGUUGAGGUACUACAUGAAGGGUCUUGGGGAACUGUAUGCGACGAUUUAUGGGACCUGGACGACGCUAAGGUUGUGUGUCGACAGUUAGGGUUUGAUGGGGCUUUAGCUGCUCUACCCCAAGCAAGAUUUGGUCAAGGUUCUGGUGAUAUCUUUCUGGAUAGUGUUCAAUGUAAUGGGACAGAAACCAGCCUCAGAUACUGCAAGCAUAAAGGGAUUGGAGUCCAUGAUUGCGGACACAAAGAAGACGCCAGCGUCUCAUGCAUCCAUGCAGCUCAUCUAGACUUGAACACUCCACCUCGGUUACCGGAUAGACAAGUGACCGGUGUGCAUCAUCAUGAUUAUGAAUCAAAUAUAGCAGCUGAUAGUGACGAUAAAGGUGAUCUGAAUCUCUCGCAAUUCAAAAAAGAAGAAGAAAGGAAUAAAAACAUGGACAUUGAUAACGUUUAUGAAAUACCCGACAAUGAAAAGGACUUAGAUCCCGAUGAUUAUAUCCUUCCGACCAGGGAAUCAUUAUCGGAUGAGUACAUCGACAUGACAACUGUUUACCAAACGCCCUCAGUGGGGAAAGAUGAAGACAUUGAUGGAUAUUUUCUCCCGUGA